CAGUGUGCAUAGUGGGUGCACAGAGAAUCCAACUAGUGGAGCUGAUGCAUCAUCAGUUCAGUCUGAACCAAGGAUGCUUCUCACUUGAUAUAUCUCACAUUUCUUUACCACAGUGAGUGCGAGAGAGAGAGUUAUGGAGGUCUUAAGUUAUGUUAAGGUUGAUGCCAAUGAUUCUGAAGUUCCUUUGCUCACGAACAACAACACCACAAACGGUCAUGGAGUAGAGAAAAACACUAGUAGUAGUAGUAGUGAUUUUGUGGAAGGUGUGGUUGAUUACAAAGGAGAAAAAGUGUUUGAUAGAUCGAAAUUUGGAGGAUGGAAAUCUGCUUCUUUCUUGAUUCUACUCUCAGCCGCGGACUCAUUUGUUAACGUUGGAAUGAUAUUAAACCUCAUUAGCUAUCUGACUGGUCCUCUCCAGCAACCAACUCUUACGGCGGCCAAGAACAUCAACAUUUUGGCCGGAGUUACAUGGAUGGUUCCACUCUUCACUUCACUCUUUGUUGAUUGUUUUCUUGGUCAACUUCGUACCAUCUUAUUCUCUUGUCUCAUCUACAUAACGGGAUUCGGAUUCUUAACAUUAUCAGUCCUGCAUCCUUACUUAAAGCAAAGUGACUGCGUUAACAAAACCCUGUGCAAUUCUCCAUCUUCUUUCCAAAUUCUUUUCUUCUACAUUUCUUUGUAUAUUGCCUCAGUUGGGGGUUCAGGAUUCCGAUUAUGUGCACAGGCUUUUGGUGCCGACCAGUUUGAUGAAACAAGCUCAGACGAAUGCAAGUCCAAGAGCUCAUUCUUCAAUUGGUGGUAUUUUGCAGCUAGUAUUGGGACUAUUCUUUCUCAGUUGAUUUUGAACUACAUACAGGAUAACUUAAGUUGGGUAAUAGCAUUUGGCAUAUCUGGUAUUGUCAUGAUUGUUGCAUUAGCUGUCUUCUUGCUACGAAUGCAUACUUAUCGCUAUAAUGUCAAAAAGAACAAUACCCACGCGAUACUGGACAUAAUCCAAGUAUAUGUUGUUGCUGCAAAGAACUGGAGAAGCAAGCCUAGCAUGGACCACGAGCAGGCAAUAGGAACUGCACAUCCAACUCCUUCCGGUUCUCAUCAAUUCAGGUUCCUAGACAAAGCGUUGAUUGAUUUUACAAACAACCCAGUUGUUUCAAGAAAAUCUUGCAUAGCAUGCAGCUUUAGUCAGGUCGAAGACGCAAAGGUGCUAUUACAGUUGGUUCCAAUUUGGAUUACAUGUUUGAUCUAUGUCGUUGUAUCUUCUCAAUCGAUGACUUUCUUCACUAAGCAAAGCAUCACCCUGGACAGAUCCAUAGGACCAAAUUUCCAAAUACCAGCUGCCUCAAUUUAUAUCUUAGUGACUUUAUCCAUAGCCUUCUUCGUACCAAUCUACGAUCGUCUCUUCAUUCCACUUGCUCGAGUUGUUACCGGAAAUCCCAAUGGCAUAACCACACUUCAAAGAAUAGGUGCUGGUAUUUUCUUUUCUACAACGUCCAUGGUGGUUGCAGCUAUAAUUGAGAAGAAAAGGCUGCAAGCAGCUCUAAAUUUCGGGUUGAUAGACGAUCCAAAUGCAACCAUACCAAUGAGUGUGUUGUGGUUGGUUCCUCAAUAUGUCUUGACUGGUUUUGAGUCCGUUUUUACCUUUAUUGGUUUGCAAGAAUUCUUCUACGAUCAAUCUCCAAAAGGGUUAAAGAGUGUAGGUCUAUCACUUUUUUACAGCAUGUGCGGCAUAGGAAGCUUUCUUAGUGGCAUUCUCAUCACUAUCAUUGAGAGGGUGACCUGCGGCGACGGGUCAUAUGGUUGGUUUGCGAACAACCUCAAUCAGGCUCAUCUUGAUUACUUUUAUUGGCUUCUUGCUGGGCUUAGUACACUACAAUUGAUUAUUUUCAUAUAUUUUUCAAAUUCUUACCGCUAUAGGAGGGGAACUUAACUUCAGUGUGAGAUCUAUGCAUGUACAGUGAUGUUAAACUUUCUUAAUACGGUAUUACGGUGUUUCUCUGCACACCCAGAAAUACUAUUUUUCUUUAUUUGUGGGUCCUAAUGGGCCCAGCCCCUCGGGGUGGUUUGUGGUAGUUUUUUUUUCUCCGGCCGUAAAGACUUUUUGUUCUUAAUAAUGUAUCUCCGUUGAACCUUAAAGUUUGUUUACAUUUCUACA